AUGUCCUCCAAGCCUCUGUCUCGCGAGCGCAGACCCUCCGUCGGUGCCCCCAUUUCCGACCUCCAAGGGCCCGUGGGACCGGGUUUCAGUCGUCCCAAGCACAAGCGGACCUUCACUGGGUUCGGACCGGCUGAGAUCAACGCAGUCGAGGCCAGUAUUCCGGAACCGCUGAGGGAGGCGUGGCAGAAACAUUCCGCGAAAAGUUUCCAGAACAAGGAAGAAUUCGAGGUAUGCUUACAGCCAAGAGCCGCACAACUAUGCGCUGUUUCUGAUUGUCCCCUGGUCUGGGGUAGCAUGAAUUCAUUCGCCAUGUUGAGACCACCCUGGCGCGCUCGCUCUUCAAUUGCGAUGAGUCGUAUGUCACGCUUUCACCUGUCUUCCGGCGUAAGAAUUGAGACAGAUACUCAAUAUGACAUUCAAUUUAGGGCGGCAUAUGCAGGAACUGCUCUGGCCUUCCGAGACCGGCUGAUUAUUGAAUGGAACAAGACGCAGCAGCGUCAGACAUUUGCAGACCAGAAGCGCGUGUAUUACCUUUCCCUCGAAUUUCUAAUGGGUCGAGCACUCGAUAAUGCCAUGCUGAACGUUGGCUUGAAAGAUGUCGCGCAAGAUGGCUUGUCUGAGCUUGGUUUCCGCGUCGAGGACGUGAUUAAUCAGGAACAUGAUGCGGCCCUUGGGAAUGGCGGGUUGGGACGCCUCGCCGCGUGCUUCCUUGACAGUCUGGCGACUCUGAAUUAUCCAGCCUGGGGUUAUGGCCUGCGCUACCGCUAUGGAAUAUUCAAACAGGAAAUCAUCGAUGGUUACCAGGUCGAGAUCCCCGAUUACUGGCUGGAUUUUAAUCCCUGGGAAUUCCCACGCCACGAUAUCACCGUGGACAUCCAAUUCUACGGCCAUGUCAUCAGAUACCAAGAUGAGUAUGGAAAGACAGUCAACUCCUGGCAGGGCGGCGAAACUGUCCAGGCUGUGGCAUACGAUGUUCCAAUCCCCGGAUAUGGCACAAAGACGACGAACAACCUCCGUUUGUGGUCUAGCAAAGCCACCAGUGGCGAGUUCGAUUUCCAGAAGUUCAAUGCCGGUGACUAUGAAAGUGCUGUUGCGGACCAGCAGCGGGCAGAAACCAUUUCUGCUGUGCUGUAUCCAAAUGAUAAUCUUGAACGGGGCAAGGAGCUCCGUUUGAAACAGCAGUACUUCUGGUGUGCAGCAUCCUUGUACGAUAUUGUGCGCAGGUUCAAGAAGACUAGGCGUGCCUGGAGGGAAUUCCCUGAUCAAGUUGCGAUCCAGCUCAACGAUACUCACCCGACGCUUGCCAUCGUCGAGCUGCAGCGCAUCCUGGUCGACCUAGAAGGUCUUGACUGGGACGAAGCCUGGCACAUCGUCACCCACACCUUCGGCUACACAAACCACACGGUCUUGCCGGAAGCGUUAGAGAAGUGGUCGGUGCCUUUGAUGCAGAAUCUGCUGCCUCGGCAUCUGCAAAUCAUCUAUGAUAUCAAUCUGUUCUUCCUACAGUCCGUCGAAAAGAGAUUCCCAGAGGAUCGAGAUAUGUUGGCCCGCGUCUCGGUGAUCGAAGAGUCGCAUCCGAAGAUGGUUCGAAUGGCACAUCUGGCAAUCAUCGGAUCUCAUAAGGUGAACGGAGUGGCGGAGCUGCAUUCCGACCUGAUCAAGACGACGAUCUUCAAAGACUUUGUUGCCAUAUACGGGCCAGACAAGUUCACCAAUGUCACCAACGGCAUCACUCCGAGACGGUGGCUCCACCAAGCGAAUCCACGAUUGUCGGACCUCAUCGCUUCGAAACUGGGUGGCUUUGAGUUCUUGAAAGAUCUGACUCUGCUCGAUCAGCUGGAAUCCUUUGUCGACGACAAGGCCUUCCGGAGCGAGUGGGCAGAGAUCAAAUAUGCGAACAAGAUUCGCCUUGCCAAACUUAUCAAGGAUACCACCGGAUACAGCGUGAACCCCAGGGCCCUGUUUGAUGUGCAAGUCAAGCGCAUCCACGAGUACAAGCGGCAGCAGCUCAACAUCUUCGGCGUUAUCCAUCGAUACCUGAAGAUCAAAUCGCUGAGCCCGGAAGAGUGUCAGAAAUUGGUUCCCCGGGUAUCGAUUUUUGGAGGCAAGGCGGCGCCGGGGUACUGGAUGGCGAAGACGAUCAUCCAUCUGAUCAACAACGUCGCCGCCGUGAUUAACAAGGACGCCGAUGUGGGCGAUCUGCUCAAGGUCAUCUUUAUUGAGGAUUACAACGUCAGCAAGGCGGAGAUCAUCUGUCCUGCGUCGGACAUCAGUGAACACAUCUCGACUGCCGGCACGGAGGCCAGCGGGACGAGCAACAUGAAGUUUGUUCUCAACGGAGGUCUCAUUAUCGGGACGUGUGACGGUGCCAAUAUCGAAAUCACCCGCGAGAUCGGUGAACAGAACAUCUUCCUCUUCGGUACCCUCGCCGAGGAUGUUGAAGAGAUCCGACACCGCCACCGCUACGACGGCUUCAGGCUAGACGAGAACCUAGCCCGGGUAUUCGAGGAGAUCCAGAAGGGCACAUUCGGCGACGCAGACGAUUUCUCCGCGCUGAUCUCGUCCAUCACGGACCACGGCGACUACUAUCUGGUGUCGGACGACUUCCACUCGUACCUCACGACACAGGAGUUGGUCGACGAGGCGUUCCAGGACCAGGACGAGUGGAUCGCCAAGUCCAUCACGAGCGUGGCGCGCAUGGGCUUCUUCUCCACGGACCGGGUCAUCAACGAGUAUGCCGACAGUAUCUGGAAUGUUGAGCCUCUGCCGGAGGAGUAA